AUGAAGUAUAAUUUUAAAGUCGCUGCUACUUGUCAAUAUCCUUCCAAGAAUAAUUCCAAGAUUGAUUCUACGAGUGAUUCUAUGACAAUGAUAGAUCUAGAACAACAAAUGCGACCACCGCCACAGCAGCAGCAAUUGAUUAAUUCUGUUAAUACGAAUAAACUUGUUCAAACCACUGCUAGAAUUAGCAAUACUACUGAAAAUAAAAUUAAUAAUAACGAUAUCGAUAAUAAUAAUGACUAUACUACUAUUCAUAACAUUAUUCCUAAUUUGAUGAGCGAGAAAGAGAAAAAAGCAAAAUUUGUUGAGAAGCUUGUCGACAUGACAUGCCUUAUAAUUAAUGUUAUUUGGGCUGAAUUAAGUGUUAAUCCAAAUACCAAAGUUAUUCCACUAAAAAUUUUUGUUCGGGAAACUUUAAGACGUUCUAGGACAUCAUACUCUACAUUACAAGCAACUUUAUUUUAUUUGUUUCGAAUUAAGCCCCAGAUUGAUUUGAUUACUGCUAAUGCUAAUGGUGUUAAUCAAGAUAAUCAGAAACAACAGAAACUUCUUGCUACGAGUAACAACAACAAUAAUAAUCCUGCCACAUGUUGUAGACGUAUGUUUUUAGCUGCAUUGAUAGUUGCCUCGAAAUAUCUUCAAGAUUGCAAUUAUUCUAAUAGUGCAUGGUCAAAGAUCUCGGGAUUGCCAGUUGGCGAAAUAAAUGCAAAUGAGAUUUGUUUCCUUCAAUUGAUCGAUUAUAAUUUAUUUAUUUCUGAAGAUAUUUUUAGACGUUGGAGUAGUUUUCUAUUGAAACACAUCCAAGAUACUUUACAUAAUGAAAUUUUGAAAUCAGAAGGAUGUUAUCAACGUAAUUCAAACGUUAAUAAUAGAAAUGAUUCUAGAAUUAUGGCAAAUUAA